AUGGAUAAUAAUAACUUAGAUAUAAAAAUAUUUAGAAAAUUAAAGGCAUACGAUGCUACUGGUAGUAAAAUUAAGAGAUGGAAUCAGUUAACAUUCAGAUGGAUCUGCGAGAACAAAUAUUUUGGUUUAUUACGAUAUUGGGUUGAUGCGCACUAUGAUCUUGUAGAGGAGUUGAAUCAAUCUGUUAUGCUGAGGAUGCCACUCACCUUGGAGACCUAUGAUGAACGUCUAGAUGAGAAUGUAGUUCUUUUCAGACAUUGUUCAAUCACAACGUUUAUGGAGAAUAACCGUGACCUCGGAUUGUUUCUAUUUAUCUACUUUCGGUUUCAAAAUCAUUUCGAACUGGCACGUGAACCAGUCAACUCUCGCUAUGAAGUCAGUUUCAAUGUAUUGGAGUCGGCGUGUCUCGCCGGCAACUUGGAUAUAGUGGAGACGCUCAUUCGCAACAAAUUCAAGAUCAAUAAUAAACAAGAAGCAUUGGUAAAAACCGGACGCUCAGGAAAUAUGAAACUGCUAGAGCGGAUCGCAAAGCUGUGUGCACCAAUCGAUAUCUCUGUUAUUAAGGAUAUGAUUCGAGAGAACCGACGUAAAAAUGUGAUACCAAUCGACAUGAUCCUCUAUCUACUGAGGAAUCCCCAGUAUUUCAAAACGCUUUUCAGUGUGGAUGGUCAUCUGUUAUACCAUAUCGUUCAAUUCAACCAUUUGGAUUUGUUAAAGUUUUUAAUUGAAGAAUUGAAUCUCGAUAUAACUAGUUCACAAACAGCUCAAACUUUGAAUGCAACGUUUGAUUACUCUGCUAAUGCCGGUAUCGAUAUGUUUAAUUAUGUUUUAGAAUUGCUUACCAAAGCGAAAUGGACAUUGGUAAUAAGUAGUUUAGGAUUUUCCGGAUUGAUCGCUCUCUACAAACAAAUCGAUGAUGAACUGUUCUUCCAACUCUACUCUACAAUACCAAAGUCUGAAUAUGUAAUUAGGACAGCUCAAUCGAUAGCAGUAUCGAAAUCACACAUCGAUUUGUUGAAGAAAUUGGUAGAUUUAGAAGGUAUACCAGCUCUGACAAGUCCUAUCAUUAUAUCUGCAUUUAAAGUUGGUAAUAUCGAUAUCAUACGUACUGUUCUAUCGAUCUAUGGAAAUCAUGUCGGGAUUGAGCGAGAGGAAAGAGAUAAGUUGAUAUUGGAGAUGGUCAAAGCAGGUAAUCUAGAGUUAUUACAAUUGAUUAUUACCAUUGGUAUUGAUCCACCUCCUAUCGGUACAUCGGUAAUGACCGAAGCAGCAAGAUUAGGACAGCUUGAGAUCGUGAAAUACAUUCGAAAGAACAGAGUUGAAGGAUGCGAACCACAUACUCUCGCCUGGUGUAUAGCUAAUGGUUCUAGUCAAGAGAUGAUCGAUUUUCUACUGGAUGAAUGCAUGCCAUUCUUUAGUGUAAAGUCAUUGGAACCCAUUAAGAAUGCAUGUGGAAGAGGAGACAUACUACUAGUUCAAAAGUUGCUAUCAUUUGGCUUUGCAAUAGAUCAUGAAGCAUUGGAGAUCGCCGCUGCCAAUAAUCAUCUGGACAUUGUCAAAUCACUCGAUAUGUAUGCAGGUUCGCAAACAGCAAUGAAUCUAGCAGCUGAGAAUGGACAUCUCGAAACGGUUAUCUAUCUUCACAAUCAUAGAAAAGAAGGUUGUAAUCAUUUGGCUAUGGACAGAGCUCUACAGAAUGGCUGUAUGGACGUAGUUAGAUUCCUGCAUGAUAAUCGUACGGAGGGUUGUACGCCCACCGGUAUAGAUAAAUCGUUAUCAUACGGACAGACAGCAGCAAUCAAAUUCGUUGUAGAGAAUAGAAGUGAACGUUGGACUCAUAACGGAUUACACAGUGCGGUUUUGAAUGGUCAUUUCAAAUUGGCUCGCUAUGCAAUGUCGAUCCUAAACAAUCUAUCUCAACAAUCGAUCAACUCAUUUCUAAAAUACGAAACCAAAGACUUUAAUUAUCGAGCGAUACAAUUCUACUACUAUAUAGGCUUGAUUAAAAUCGAUGAUAUCAAAGAAGUAAUCGUUUCAAAGGAUGAUAUCGAUGCAAAAUUAUUUUUACUCGGACUGAUCAACCCGAAAACAAAGUACUCUCGAUAUGAUAAUGUACGACGAGACUCUCAAUUAAACGCUCAGGUUACAUUACAACAAUUCUUAAAGAAUGUCCAAAGAUAA